CCGGAAGUGAUGGUGUCUACGUCAUCGUGUUGUGCUCCACGCUGGUGUUGUGUCGUAGCUUCUGUUGUCAGAUCUGUCUAGUGCAGUCUGUCUGUGUGGACUUCCAGGAGGACAUCGGACAGAUUAUGAAGAUAUUCCUGACAUGUGUUGAAAGAACUCGCCUGUUUGAGAGUUUGUAAAAUGGGUAAAAAAGAUAAAGGAGAUCGGGACAAGAAGUCCAAAAAGCGUUUCUAUGAGGAUGAAGAGGAGGAAGAAGAGGCGGUGGGCAGCGAGUCCCAGGAGGCCAUACCUGCUGCUGCAGGGAAACAAGUGGACGUGUCCAGUACAAAACUGGAUGAGUAUGGCGCCAAAGACUACCGUGUUCAGAUGAUGUUAAAGAAUGAUCACACUUCACGCCCCCUCUGGGUGGCUCCGGAUGGACACAUCUUCCUGGAAGCCUUCUCACCGGUGUACAAGUACGCCCAGGAUUUCAUGGUGGCCAUUGCAGAGCCAGUGUGCAGGCCUAACCAUAUCCAUGAGUACAAGCUGACAGCCUAUUCCCUGUAUGCAGCUGUCAGUGUGGGGCUGCAGACCUCUGAUAUAGUAGAAUACCUGCAGAAACUCAGCAAGACGUCUGUGCCUGAUGGAAUCGUCCAGUUCAUUCAGCUGUGCACGGUGAGCUAUGGAAAAGUCAAGCUGGUCCUCAAGCACAAUAGGUAUUUUGUUGAGAGUGCCUUCCCUGAUGUGAUCCAGCACCUUCUGCAGGACAAAGUGAUCCGUGAAUGUCGCCUCCGCACUGCAGACGGAGCGGACACUGAGCUUAUUACUGAAGUCAUCCAAAGCAAGUCAGCGAUUUCCAAGUCCAUUGAAGAAAAGGGGGGUGCUUCUACCUCACAGCAGCCAGGCGAUGGACAAAGUUCAACCCAGCAGGUCCCUGAGGACAUCUUCAGCUACUAUGAGCAGAUGGAUAAAGAAGAAGAAGAGGAGGAAGAGACUCAGACUGUGUCUUGUGAGAUCCGCCAGGAGAUGAUUGAAGAGCUGCAGAAGCGUUGUAUUCAGCUGGAGUACCCUCUCCUAGCCGAGUACGACUUUCGCAAUGACACAUUCAACCCAGAUAUCAACAUAGACCUGAAGCCCACUGCUGUGUUGCGGCCCUACCAGGAAAAGAGUUUGCGCAAGAUGUUUGGGAACGGACGUGCUCGCUCCGGGGUCAUCGUGCUGCCCUGCGGAGCGGGCAAAUCCCUGGUGGGCGUGACAGCAGCUUGCACGGUGCGUAAACGCUGCCUGGUGUUGGGAAACUCCUCAGUGUCAGUGGAGCAGUGGAAGUCUCAGUUCAAGAUGUGGUCCACCAUCGAUGACUCUCAGAUCUGCCGCUUCACCUCGGACGCCAAGGACAAGCCCAUCGGCUGCUCGAUUGCCAUCAGCACCUACUCUAUGCUGGGUCACACCACCAAGCGCUCCUGGGAGGCCGAGAGAGUCAUGGAGUGGAUGCGGAGUCAGGAGUGGGGACUCAUUAUCCUGGAUGAGGUGCACACCAUCCCUGCCAAGAUGUUCCGUCGUGUUCUGACCAUUGUCCAGGCACAUUGCAAAAUGGGGCUCACUGCCACACUGGUCAGGGAAGACGACAAGAUUGUGGACCUGAACUUCCUAAUUGGGCCCAAACUAUUUGAGGCCAACUGGAUGGAACUGCAAAACAAUGGCUACAUUGCCAAAGUCCAGUGUGCUGAGGUGUGGUGCCCGAUGUCUCCAGAGUUUUACAGAGAGUAUGUGGCCAUCAAGACCAAGAAGCGCAUCCUGUUUUAUACAAUGAACCCCAAUAAGUUCCGCGCUUGCCAGUUUCUCAUUCGCUUCCACGAGCGGCGCAAUGACAAGAUUAUGGUCUUCGCUGACAACGUGUUUGCCCUGAAGGAAUACGCCAUUCGCCUCAACAAGCCUUACAUCUAUGGUCCAACCUCUCAGGGGGAACGAAUGCAGAUUUUACAGAACUUUAAACACAACCCCAAGAUCAACACCAUUUUCAUCUCCAAGGUUGGAGACACCUCAUUUGAUCUGCCAGAAGCCAAUGUUCUGAUCCAGAUCUCUUCUCAUGGUGGAUCACGCAGACAGGAGGCCCAGAGGCUUGGCAGAGUCUUACGAGCCAAGAAAGGAAUGGUAGCAGAGGAGUACAACGCGUACUUCUACUCACUGGUGUCCCAGGACACCCAGGAGAUGGCUUACUCCACCAAGAGGCAGAGGUUCCUGGUGGACCAAGGUUACAGCUUUAAGGUGAUCACAAAGUUGGCAGGUAUGGAGGAAGGGGACUUAAUGUUCUCCACAAAAGAUGAGCAACAGCAGCUGCUUCAGAAGGUUCUAGCUGCUUCGGACCUGGACGCUGAGGAGGAAGUGGUGGCAGGGGAGCUGGGCGGGCGGCCACAAUUCUCAAGGCGAACCGGAACCAUGAGCUCCAUGUCAGGUGCAGACGACACCGUCUACAUGGAAUAUCAGAGUCGAGGCAGCAAAAACUCUGCAUUAGGCAAGGGCAUUCAUCCACUGUUCAAGCGCUUCAGAAAGUAGAUACACUGCCUCGAACCCUGUCAAAGGCGGACUCAGUUGCAACAAGGCAACAGGACAAAGUUGGGCCACAAUAAUAAUGUAUAUGAACUGGAGUAUGACGGCUACGUGAUGUAAGCCACACGUGGAAUAACCCUUGUCUUAUCUACUGUGUGCUUCACACCAACAGGAGGAAACCAUGGAUAUUGGACUUAGAUUUUUUUUGUAAAUUUGGCUUCAGUAUACAGAGUAAAUCAUCACAAACUAAACCCACAUACUUAAAAGGAAAUAAUCGGUUCCUGGUGAUAGUUCACAUGUUCUUUUCUGGAACUUCCGCCUUUAAAUAUGGCUUAUGUUUUAUAAGAAGAAUUAAAGCUCUCUGUGUUUUGUA